CAUCUUCUUUGAGCAACAAAUUAGCAAGCAAAGUUAAAGCUCUCAUUAAAGCACAGAAUCAAAGCAAACUGAUUUACUGAUUCUAUCUCAAUUCUUUCCUCUAUAAAAACAACCCUUCAUUCUUCUCUUUCUGUACUCUUCUUUUCUCUUAGCAAAGCAGGAACCUGUUGUUUUUGAUUUUUUAUUAUUAUGGCUCCAAGCUUGGGCAAGGCUAGCUCUGGUGUUUCAGGCCUUGUUGAUAGCCAUCACCAGUGUCCAUUCGGCCUGGAAGGCUCAAACUUCAUUGCCAAUGGCCAUGUUUUUCUCUCUGAUGUCCCUGAUAACAUCACUGUAACUCCUUCCCACUAUGGAUCCUUCUCCACCGACAAAUCAAUAUCCACCGUGGGAUCCUUUGUAGGAUUUGACGCCGUUGAAUCCGCCAGCCGCCAUGUUCUUCCCAUCGGCAAGCUCAAGAACAUCAAGUUCAUGAGCAUUUUCAGGUUCAAGGUCUGGUGGACUACUCAUUGGGUCGGUUCCAAUGGGGGAGACCUUGAAAACGAAACUCAGAUGGUUAUUCUUGAUAAAUCAGACUCUGGCAGGCCCUACGUUCUCCUCCUUCCUCUCCUCGAAGGUCCUUUCAGGGCCUCCCUUCAGCCUGGAACCGACGACAACGUUGACAUCUGCGUCGAAAGUGGGUCCACCAAGGUCACAUCCGCCGGAUUCCGGAGUGUUCUUUACGUGCAUGCCGGUGAAGAUCCCUUCAACUUGGUCAAAGAAGCCAUGAAAGUGAUCAGGGUUCAUCUGGGAACCUUCAAGCUUUUAGAAGAAAAAACCCCACCAGGCAUCGUGGACAAAUUUGGGUGGUGCACGUGGGAUGCAUUUUAUCUUACCGUGCACCCUCAAGGCGUUUGGGAAGGCGUCAAGGGUCUCGUUGAUGGUGGGUGCCCACCUGGGCUCGUGUUGAUCGACGAUGGGUGGCAAUCCAUCAGUCAUGAUGAGGACCCAAUCACCAAAGAAGGCAUGAAUUGCGCUGUGGCUGGUGAGCAAAUGCCGUGCAGGUUACUGAAGUUCCAAGAGAACUACAAGUUCAGGGACUACGUAAGUCCUAACACGUCGGGCACUGGUGCACCUAAUAAGGGCAUGGGUGCCUUUAUCAAGGACCUUAAGGAGGAAUUCAACACUGUAGACUUUGUUUACGUCUGGCAUGCCCUCUGCGGAUAUUGGGGUGGUUUAAGGCCUAACGUCCCCGGAUUACCGGAAACCAAGGUGAUACAACCGGAAUUGUCCCCUGGAUUGAAGAAAACAAUGGAGGAUCUCGCCGUUGAUAAGAUCGUCAGCACUGGUGUAGGGUUGGUGCCGCCGGAGAUCGCUGAUCAACUUUAUGAAGGAAUUCAUUCUCACCUUGAAAAGGUUGGAAUUGAUGGAGUCAAGGUGGACGUUAUCCACCUGCUGGAGAUGUUGUGUGAGAACUAUGGUGGAAGAGUCGAGCUUGCAAAGGCUUAUUACAGGGCCCUAACAGACUCUGUGAGGAAGCAUUUCAAAGGCAAUGGUGUUAUUGCUAGUAUGGAACACUGCAACGAUUUCAUGUUCCUAGGAACAGAAACCAUCUGCCUUGGUCGUGUCGGUGAUGAUUUUUGGUGCACUGAUCCAUCUGGUGACCCCAACGGCACAUUCUGGCUCCAAGGCUGUCACAUGGUGCACUGUGCCUACAACAGUUUAUGGAUGGGCAACUUUAUCCACCCUGAUUGGGACAUGUUCCAGUCUACUCACCCUUGUGCUGAGUUCCAUGCUGCCUCCAGGGCAAUUUCCGGUGGCCCAAUUUAUGUUAGUGACACUGUUGGGAAGCACAACUUCCCCUUGCUCAAGCGACUAGUGUUGCCAGACGGGUCCAUCCUCCGGUGCGAGUACUAUGCACUACCAACCAGGGAUUGCCUCUUUGAGGACCCUCUCCAUGAUGGCAAGACCAUGCUCAAAAUCUGGAACUUGAACAAGUACACCGGUGUGAUUGGGGCAUUCAACUGUCAAGGAGGUGGAUGGUGCCGUGAAACCAGACGCAACCAAUGUGCCUCUCAGUUUUCCAACACGGUCACUGCCAAGACCAAUCCCAAGGAUAUUGAGUGGAAGAGUGGCAAGAAUCCGAUUUCCAUUGCAGCUGUACAAGUUUUUGCUCUGUACUUGUCUCAGUCCAAGAAGCUGGUCCUCUCCAAACCAGCUGAAAGCAUUGAAAUUUCCCUGGAGCCAUUCAAUUUCGAGCUGAUAACUGUUUCUCCAGUUGCUGUCUUGGCUGGAAAAUCAGUCCACUUUGCUCCUAUUGGGCUCGUCAACAUGCUCAACGCUGGUGGUGCCAUCCAGUCAUUAGCCUACGAUGAAUUCGAGAGCUCAGUGGAAAUCGGAGUGAAGGGAGCUGGUGAAAUGAGAGUCUUUGCAUCAGACAAACCAAGAGCGUGCAAGAUUGAUGGAAAAGAUGUUGGUUUUGAGUAUGAAGGACACAUGGUCAUUGUUCAAGUUCCAUGGUCUAGUCCUUCAGGUUUAUCUACAAUAGAGUAUUUGUUCUAAUUUUUAAGCUAGGUCUAUCACAAGAAAGUCUCUGAGUUCUUGACAUUACAAGAAGCUUAAUGGCUUAUUUCCAACCAAAAUCACUGGAAACGUAACUAUGUGAAUUUAAGUUAAUGAAGUUAAUUACUAGUA